GGAAAUGAAACAUGGCCGACAACUAGUGAGGGAUGGUGAAAGUAAGCGAAAAGCAUAAAUAAAAGCUGCAAACCUACACAUUUUUGGAUGAAGGUAUUUGAACUUUGCAGUGUGCUUUCAAAGUAUAUUUUAUAUGUCUAUACAACGUUCUCACGAAUUGGCGGUUUGGGUUGAGUUUGCUCGCAAAGGCCUUUAACCGGGCGUUAGCCACGUUAGCCACUGACGCUUUUGUUUUUGGUCGGAAAUUCACGUCACUUUGAAGCCUGUUUUUCGCCCUAUUUUUGAGGAUAUAUAUUAUUUUAUGGACUGAACGUUGUCGCUGCCUAUACAGUUAAACUCCGGUAUUUUUUAUUUUAGCUUGGGGGUCCAGUCGGCCUCUCAGCUGAUUGUCAGAGGUGUUUAACUUCACUACAAAACCUUAAAAGCAGACACCACCAUUGUCGUUUGGGAGCUGCAGGACUGUGUCUGUCUGUGAACAUUAAGCUCAUGAAACAUGGAUCCAAAACGAGAGCACGGCAAACCUCAAACUAGCGGCAGCAGCAGCGACUCCAGCAGUGGCGAUAGCCCCGCUUCGCCCUCCAGCAGCCCCGCACCGGCACCGAGCAAAGCCACGGUGUCGGCGGGCAACGCGUUCGCUAACGACGGCAGCUUCAUGGAGAUGUUCAAGAAGAAAAUGAUGGAGGAGGAGGAGCGGAGGAAAAAGGAGACGCAGCGAACAGGUGGAGAUGCGAGAGCCACAGAACAAGGACAGACCCCAGUGGAAAAGAAGCCCCCUCCCGUGACGAGCUUUGUGGGGAAGCGCAGAGGCGGUGUGUUCCUAAAGACCGGCAUGGUUGCAAAGAAGCAGAAACAGGACUCAGAAGCUGAACCAGGCAAGAGCGAUGCUUGGUCAAAGUACAUGGCUGAGGUGAAAAAGUACAAAGCCCACCAGUGUGGUGACGACGAUAAAACCAGGCCUCUGGUCAAGUAGGCUCUGGUUAAAAGGCCAACGUGGAGCGACAAUGUUUUGAGGGGGAAACCGCCUGGGAGAAGCUCUGGGAGGGCCGGCCAAUCCUGACCUUCUCAUACUGCCAGUUCAAGUUAUCCUCCACAUUAAAGGAACAGUGCGUAGGAUUUAGUGGCAUCUAGUGGCAAGGUUGUAAAGUACAACCAACUGAAUACCCCUGCACUCUUUCAAGUAUGUUGUAGACCCCUUUGGUUGGUGUGAAAAACGCAAAAGGUCCUCUCUAGAGCCAGUGUUUAGUUUGUCCAUUUGGGCUACUGUAGAAACACAGCAGGCUCUGUGCGAGAGGUUGCGCUCCCCAUGUAGAUAUAAAGGGCUCAUUUAAGGUAAUUAAACCACAAUUCUUAUUUUCAGGUGACUCUAAACCAAUUAAAACAUACUUACAUUUCUGCUAGAUGCCACUAGAUUCUACUCACUGUACCUUUAAGUCUUUCACAAACUGCUUUGCUUGACAAACGUUUUUCUUCUUCCCUUUUUUGUAUUGUUUUUGUCUCGUUAUUUGAUGGACUCCGGUAACUUGGUCUGGUGUCAAAUGGUGUUUCUGAAAUUUUGCAUAUAUUAUUGAUUAUUGUUAAAUGCUUUGAGAACUGUUGUCUGGUUUAAGUUAGGGGUUCAUUGAUCAUUGGAAUUGGUUUGUUAAUAGCCAAAUCAAGGUUUCAAUUAAAUCUACACUGCCCAUU